CCUCUUUUUCUCUCUCUCUCUGAUCUGCUCGUUUCUAUACGUUAUUGAUACCUGCUAUAUCUCAAUUCUUUCAUUCUCUUUCAACUCUUACACGUAUCAUAAAAAAAAUGGCCCCAAAGCCCGUUGCUGAGAAGAAGCCCUCCACCGGAGGCAAGGCUCCUGCCAAGACCGCUGCAUCCUCUGACAAGAAGGAACGCAAGCCCAAGUCUGAAGGUGGCAAGGGACGCAAGAAAACCCGUUCUGAAACUUACUCCUCCUACAUCUAUAAGGUCUUGAAGCAGGUCCACCCCGACACUGGUAUCUCCAACAAGGCCAUGUCCAUUCUCAACUCGUUCGUCAAUGAUAUCUUUGAGCGCAUCGCCGGUGAGGCUUCCAAGCUCGCUGCUUAUAACAAGCGUUCUACUAUCUCUUCUCGCGAGAUCCAGACCGCUGUCCGUCUUAUCCUUCCUGGUGAACUCGCCAAGCACGCUGUCUCUGAGGGUACCAAGGCUGUUACCAAGUACACUUCCUCGAAGUAAAGAAAGGAGUUGACAUGAGCAGGAUAGAGUAUUUCACCUACAAGCAAUCGGCUUGACGAUUAUUUAUCCUAUGACAUCGUCUAUCUUAUUUCUGCCAUUUUUCAUCUUCUGUUUUAUAAUUACCUUGUUACCCUCCAUACAUACUGGAAAACUUCUCGUGUUUUAAUAAGUCGUUGUCUUCCAGGGCCUUCAUCAAAUCACCCCAUUGUACAUCAUAGCCUGCUUUUAUGUAGAAACAUUAAAACAAAUUUAAAAUAAUUG